UGUCCAUGAUGAGCGAGAAGAUAGACGCCGGAAAAUUCUUUCGUCGUGGAUUCACGGUGAUGGAGAUGGAAUCACUUGCCGCAGUGUGCGAGACAAUAUUACCUCCUCUGUCACCGGAAUACUCCAACACCGACGAAGAUGAUCAUCCUAACAAGGAGGCUCUCCGAUCUUUCUACUCAGGGUCUGGAUCUCAGUCCCAUGUUCUUCACCAGGCUGCUGAGUUAAUUACAAAACGAGGGCUGAUAGAAGUAGUGCUUGUGAUGAGAUUGGUUUUAGUUCUAUUGUCCUCAAGGCUCGGAACUCUAGUCCUCUGUGGAACCCACUGUUUGGUCCCAAACUGGCCUUUUGUCGAAAGAUUUGGAAGCCUCUCAUUGGAGAAGAGGGAAAGGGUCCUUCAAAAAUGGUUCCGAAGCAAGAUUUUGGCAGCCAUUAGAGUGGCCUUCGUCCACAUCAAAAUUGUUUUUCUCUUCUGUUUCUUCUCUUGGGUCAAUACGAAUGGUGAAAAUCCAGCAUGGGAGGCUAUUCAAUACCAGGUGAACCUCGAAGAGAGCGAAUCCUCUAACAUUCUGAAGGAGAGACCUCUUGAGAAAGGGAUGGUAGAGACAGUGAAAGAGACAGACUCAACUCUUCCCGAGUCACUGUCGGAGAAAGGCUUGGAAGUAACUUCUGGUUCGAACCAUGAUCCGAUAAAGAUCAAAUGUGACGUUGUGAUUAUUGGUUCUGGCUCAGGGGGAGGAGUGGCGGCCGCUGUUCUAGCAAGUUCCGAUCUGAAAGUAGUGAUUCUCGAGAAAGGAAGAUACUUUGCUCCUUCUGAGUACUCUCCUUUCGAGGGCCAUGGAUUUGACCAACUUUAUGAAUCAGGAGGUGUCCUCCCAACCCUAGACGGAAAUGCCAUGAUCAUAGCAGGAGCAACUGUAGGCGGUGGCUCGGCUGUGAGUUGGUCAGCCUGCAUCAAAACCCCUGAAUCUGUACUUCAAGAAUGGGUUAAAGAUCACCGAAUACCAUUUUUCGGGACUCAAGAAUAUGUUUCGGCCAUGGAUGCAGUCUGCAAGAGGAUCGGUGUCACUUACAGAUGCAACGAGGAGAGUUUUCAGAACCAAGUUUUGAGAAAAGGGUGUCACAAUCUCGGACUGAAAGUGGAGAAUGUGCCACGAAACUCCUCGGAGAAUCAUUAUUGUGGAUCGUGUUGCUAUGGGUGCAGGCAAGGGGAUAAAAAAGGAAGCGAUCGGACAUGGCUAUUAGAUGCAGUGAAUCACGGGGCUGUUGUCUUAACAGGAUGCAAAGCUGAGAGACUGAUACUGGAGAAGAACAUGAACAGAGGUGUCGGGGCCAAGAAAAUGAAAUGCUUGGGAGUGAUGGCAAAAUGUUUAAACGGGAACAUAUCAAGAAACCUGCAGAUCGAAGCCAAAGUAACAGUUAUGGCAUGUGGGGCUCUCUUAACACCUCCUUUGAUGAUCAGAAGCAGUUUAAAGAAUCGUAACAUAGGCCGAAACCUUCAUCUGCAUCUUGCUCAAGUUGCAUGGGGGUACUUCCCAGAAAAGGAAACAUCUCAUCUCAAAGGAAAGAUCUACGAGGGUGGGAUAAUUACAUCGGCAAAUAAGGUCUUAUCAAAAGAUUCUGAAGUUAGAGCACUUAUAGAAACACCGGCUCUUGGACCGUCCUUGUUCACUGCCCUUUCUCCAUGGAGUUCAGGUCUCGACAUGAAGAACAGAAUGACAAAGUAUUCAAGAACCGCAAAUCUUGUAACGAUAGUGAGGGAUCGUGGGUCUGGAGAAAUCAAGGCAGAGGGAAGGAUAAAAUACGCUUUGGACAAAACAGACAAAGAGAACAUCGUAGCGGGACUGAGACAGUCCCUAAGGAUAUUGAUAUCAGCAGGAGCAGUGGAAGUGGGCACUCACAGAAGCGACGGACAAAGUCUAAAAUGUAAAGGGAUAGACGAGAAAGCAAUCGAGGAAUUCUUGGAUACGGUUACCGCAGAAGACGGGCCAGGAUCCUUCACAGAGAAAUGGAUGGUGUAUGGAACAACUCAACAGAUGGGAAGUUGCAGGAUUGGAGUAAACGAAGAAGAAGGAGCUCUUGAUCCAAACGGAGAGAGUUGGGAAGCUGAAAAACUGUUUGUGUGUGAUGGAAGUGUUUUGCCAAGUGCCAUUGGAGUUAACCCUAUGAUCACAGUCAUGGCCACAGCUUAUUGCAUUUCCACCGGAAUUGCAAAGUCCAUUAGAACAUCUUAGAUUUCUCAAAACGAUCAUAAACGUUAUCUCAAAAUAAUCACUGUUCAUCUGAAACAGGAGACCAUAUGUAUGUUUGAGAAUUGCUUCUUAUCUGUAUGCGAUGUUA